AGCCAUUGAAUUCAACACCUACACAGCAAGCUUUAAAACUGAAAUUGGCUCCAGUUCUUGAUCAAGAAUCAUGGGUGCUGGUGGCCGUUCCAAUCCUCGUGAUCUAGAUGUUAAGAAAUCUGGUGCUGAAGGUAUCAAAAGAGCCCCAGUUUCAAAACCUCCGUUUUCAUUAGCAGAUAUCAAGAAAGCCAUACCACCCCAUUGUUUCGAAAGAUCUCUGAUUCGAUCCUUUUCGUAUCUUAUAUACGACCUCACUGCGGUCUCGAUUUUCUACUAUCUUGCCACAACUUAUAUCCCGCAGCUCCCCCACCCUCUUUCUUAUGUUGCCUGGCCAGUUUACUGGUUUCUUCAAGGUUGUGUGUUCAUGGGGAUUUGGCUUAUUGCUCAUGAAUGUGGUCACCAUGCUUUCAGUGAUCAUGUGUGGCUGGAGGAUUCAGUAGGGUUUGUUUUACAUUCUUGCCUUUUAACCCCUUAUUUCUCAUGGAAAAUAAGCCACCGUCGUCACCAUGCCAACACUGGUUCUCUUGAGCAUGAUGAGGUUUAUGUCCCAAAAACAAGAUCAAAACUUGGUGCCUCGGCAUUUUACUUGGACAACCCUAUUGGUCGAACCCUAACCCUGCUUGUUAAACUCACUCUUGGAUGGUAUAUCUACUUGGCCAUCAACGCUGCCGGAAGACCUUAUGAAAAAUUUGCGAGCCAUUAUGACCCUAGAAGUGAGAUGUUUUCCGACAGCGAGCGAGUUUUGAUCCUGAUGUCUGAUAUCGGACUCAUAAGCUUUUCUUUCUUGCUGUACAAAGUGGCGAUGAUUCAAGGGUUUGCUUGGGUGUUCUGUGUGUACGGAGGUGCGUUGAUGGUGAUGAACGCCUUUCUUGUGACAAUCACAUACCUUCACCACACUCACCCUUCUUUGCCUCACUACGAUGAUUCGGAAUGGAACUGGAUGAAAGGUGCGUUCGCCACCGUUGAUAGGGAUUAUGGAGUUCUAAACAAGGUGUUCCACAACAUCACUGACACCCAUGUUUUACACCAUCUGUUCUCAUACAUUCCUCAUUAUCAUGCCAUGGAAGCCACAAAGGCUAUCAGACCGGUUUUGGGAGAGUUCUAUCAAAUCGAUAGAACUCCAUUUUUCGUGGCGUUAUGGAGAGAAUCAAAGAACUGUUUGUUCAUUGAGGCUGAUGAAAGUGAUGAGAAGAACAAAGGUAUCUACUGGUACAGAGGUAAGUACUGAACAAGAAGUAAAAGAAGGGAAAUUGUUAUUACUAUUCCAUCAAAUUAGGAUCCUGUAAUAUAUAUUUCUACCUGGUUUCCUUCUUUCACAACGAUGUACUUUCAUCUACUGGCGUUCAUCAAUAAAAGUAUUAGUCUACAGUAUGGUGGCAUCUGGUGUGGCUAGUUUCAAGUCACACCAUUCAAA